GUUGUCAAGAAGUAAAAGUGGACGCUGCUCUUGCAGAGAUGGUUCAGCUGCAGCCCAACACAUGGCCGUCGUCCUGGGUGGCAAUCGACUGGAAAGUGAAGCUGGGUUCACAGACCUACUGGAUCCUCAGACACGAUGAGAACGGCACCUCGGCCAGUUCGUUUCUGCCCUUUGCUGACAGAGUCUCUUUCCACCCUGGGAAUCUCUCGCUGCAGAUUAACUCGGUCACGGAGAAAGAAAGUGGCCUCUACACCAUGGACCUGAAGCUGGGGGAUGGCUCCGGAAUAACCAAAAAUUUUCAGCUGUUUGUGCUUGACCAUGUCCGGCAGCCCAACAUCAAGGCCUCUACUUCCCAGGAGUGCGGAUGGUGCUACCUUACCCUGUCCUGCUUGGUGCCCAAAGCUGCCGGGGUCACCUACAGCUGGUCUCGAGGUGAAUCUUCCAGCCCAGCCCCAGAGGACCAUUCGCUCCAUGAGCAUCAGGCUGAUCUGCAGCUGGAGAUCACUAAAAGCGGCAACAACACCUUCUAUCACUGCAAUGUCAGCAAUGCCAUCAGCUGGGGCAUGGCCACCAUCGAUGUCAAACCGCUGUGCAACUACACAGGUUGUCAAGAAGUAAAAGUGGACGCUGCUCUUGCAGAGAUGGUUCAGCUGCAGCCCAACACAUGGCCGUCGUCCUGGGUGGCAAUCGACUGGAAAGUGAAAUUUGGUUCACAGACCUACUGGAUCCUCAGACACGAUCAGAACAGGACCUCGGUCAGUCCAUUUCUGCCCUUUGCUGACAGUGUCUCUUUCCACCCUGGGAAUCUCUCGCUGCAGAUUAACUCAGUCAUGGAGAAAGAAAGUGGCCUAUACACCAUGGACCUGAAGCUGGGGGAUGGCUCUGGAGUCACCAAUAAUUUUCGGUUGUUUGUGCUUGACCGUGUCCAGCAGCCCAACAUCAAGGCAUCUACUUCCCAGAAGAGUGGACAGUGCUACCUUACCCUGUCCUGCUUGGUGCCCAAAGCUGACCGGGUCACCUACAGCUGGUCUCGAGGCGUAUCUUCCAGCCCAGCCCCAGAGGACCAUUCGCUCCAUGAGAUCAGGCUGAUCUGCAGCUGGAGAUCACAUCAAGCCGAUCUGCAGCUGGAGAUCACUAAAAGCGGCAACAACACCUUCUAUCACUGCAACGUCAGCAAUGCCAUCAGCUGGGGCAUGGCCACCAUCGAUGUCAAACCGCUGUGCAACUACACAGGUAAUUCCAUGCCUGCCCAGGCCUCAUCACUGUCCUACUGCCAGGCCAAAGGGCUCAUUCUGCUGUUGGUGCUGGGGGUGCUCAUCACUGGGACCGUGGCAGUGCACAUCAUGGCUGGCAAGCCGCCGAAACAGCACUGAGCAGGGCUGAGCCCACACCAGCUCUGCUCUGCUCUGGGAGAGGAAGAUGAGGGGAGGCUGCAGCACGGAGGAGAAGCAGCCGGUGGGCUGCAGGGGUCCAACAGUGAGUGUUGGUGACCAGUUUCUAAGGCAGCACGGGCCCCCUGGAGAAGUUUCACCCCAUCACUGCCUCCUCCCCUGGCCAGGGGGCCAAACGAUCAAGACCCCAGUCUGCAGGGCAGUAACUGGCUGGGCUCAGGGGCACACAGACAUGGAAAGGACACAAGACCGCUGUCCUCGGGGCAGCUGCAGCAUCGAAACAAACUUUCCCUCCUCUGCACUGUCUGUUUCUGAACCCUCAGGGUCAAUCCUCCCCCAACUACUCCCCAAGAGCGCCAUGAGGUUGCACCGUGGCCCCCAGGGCUUGUGCAGCCAUUAGCACUGUGGGUGCCAACAUCCCUGUAAGGCAGGCUGUCCACUGGCAGGGGUA